UAUUUGUAGUGGCAAGGCGAAUUUGCGAGAUUAGGCGAAAGCGAGUUUUUUUAUAUUUCCUCUAAACGCACCAAAGCAAGCCAGAAUUUUGGAUUUUAAAAGUCAAACGAUAGAGUCGAUCCGCUCACACAUUCGUCGAGUUUGCUGUGAGCGCGGUGGUGAUUGCUGUGAGAAUCGCGUUGAAAGUUCGGGAUCCGCAAGUUCUGGAGCGUUGCAUUUGUUGACAAACCGCAAUUUCUGGUCCAGUACACCAUGAAAUCAGAUAACUACCGUCUCAUAGCGGAAGUGUCCAAGCGGCGGUGUCUGUGGGACACCAACAUGGCCAUGACGUACCGCAACCAGGACGCACCGCUCCAGUGGGCGAGUGUUGCGCAGAUUAUGCAGCAGGAUGUUACGAUCUGCAAGAAACGUUUCAAGGGAAUGCGGGACAGCUACCGGGCGGAGGUGCGCAAGAUACAGCAGAAACGCAUCGAGAUGUCCCACUGGCCGUACUUUCGCUCGCUGGAGUUCAUGCGCCACCUCUUCGAUCCGGAGUGCCUGGUGCCCUUUCCCCCGGAGCCCUGCGUGAUGGACGCCGAUCAGUCGGAUGUCUGUGAGGCCACCCGCUUAGUUGACUUCGCAAUCGAUGUGGAUUUGGACAAUGAUGACUCUGUUGAUUUUGAGAUCAUCGACGACAUAUUCCAGCGGGAACCGUCAGUGCCCCAGGACUCAGGCUCGGAUAAAGGUUCGCUGAUCAAGCCGUUGGAUUCCUCAUCCUCGGGCGCCCAGCGCUCCGAUCAGGAUCUCUCGCCCACAUUGCCCACGCACUUGCCAUGCCAUCAACAAUUCCUGCCACGUCCACCGCCGCCCUCGAAGAGGGCACGUCGGAGGAAGACUUCGCCGUCGAACGAUGGCACCUUUUUGAAUGGAUACGCCAGCCAGGCGACGAAGUUUCCCACUGAAGCCGAUUUAAAGAACGAUUCGGAUUUAAGUUUUAUGCUAAGCAUGAUGCCCCACGUAAAGUGUCUGUCAGCCAUUAGCAAUCUCAAGUUUCGAAUGGAGAUGGCGCGAGUUCUGGUGGAACUCAGAGAGGAGGAUCAACAGAUGCUCACUGGGGCGGGACCAGGAGCCGUUCCAGAGCGAGGACUGCCCAAGCUAACGCCCGCCCCGAACUCGAGUUUUGCCUCUCAGCUGGAGAAGAACCAUUACCAUCUAUCCAAUUCCAGCUACCAAAACAGUAGCCCAAAAUCACCAUCUUCGUUAGACUAUGUGGACAGCUCCAUGAUUGAGUGCGAUGUCAAGAUAGAGAAUGAACCCCUACUAUGAAGACUUUGCCUUCAGCGCUCUACCAAAUUAAUACGAUUUUACAUUACCCAAGAAAUAUUUCUUUUAUAUUGUUACACGUUUUAGAGGAAGCCACUACUCAAACUUUAGUAGUUGUUUUGUGCUUCAUUGGCUAAAUCGUUAUCAUAAUUAUCCACAUGCUGACUUGCUUUUAAAUCACUGAUAUAUAUUGGCCAAUAGAUAAUUUUAACAUUUUUGACUCUGGCAGUGGCUGUUCUUAAGCAAUAUAUAACAAAUCCAAUAUAUAUAAAGAAAAGAACUGCUGAUGC